AUGCAGCAACAGACCUGCACUAUAUAUACAAGCAGCGGCUGCUGUUCCACACUGAACUUCAUCUGCCGCCAACCAGACAUGGGAAAGAUCAUCUUCUUCGAGGACCGGGGUUUCCAGGGCCGCUGCUACGAAUGCAGCAGUGACCACGCUAACCUCCAAUCCUACUUCAACCGCUGCAACUCCAUCCGUGUGGAGAGUGGCUGCUGGAUGAUUUACGAGCGUCCCAAUUACUCUGGGUACCAGUAUUACCUGAGAAGAGGAGAGUAUCCAGACUACCAGCAAUGGAUGGGCUUCAACGACUCCAUCAGGUCCUGUCGGACAAUCCCUUACACCGGGUCCCACAGAAUGAGGCUGUAUGAGAGAGAAGACUACAAAGGUCAAAUGAUGGAGCUCUCCGAUGACUGCUCUUGUCUCCAUGAUCGUUUCCAUCUGAAUGAAAUAUACUCUCUUAAUGUCUUGGAUGGCUGCUGGAUCCUCUAUGAAAUGCCCAACUAUAGAGGAAGACAGUUCCUGUUGAGACCUGGCGAGUACAGGAGAUACAUGGACUGGGGAGCCAUGAAUGCCAAAGUUGGUUCUCUGAGAAGAGUCAUGGAUGUGUACUAA